AUGGCUGCUCCCUCCGCUGUUGUCGAGAUCAAGUCCAAGGCUCAGUUCGACGAGCUCAUCAAGAACACUCCCUACGUCGCUCUCCAAGCCCACGCGGCAUGGUGCGGCCCCUGCAAGGCCAUCUCCCCCAUCUUCAACAAGCAGGCCGCCGAGCACAAGUCCGACAAGUACACCUUCGCCAAGUUCGACACCGACGACGUCCCCGAUCUCGCCCAUGAGCUUGGCAUCCGCUCCAUCCCCGCCUUCUUCUUCUUCGAGAACGGCGACAAGGCCAGCGAUCUGCUCGGCGCUGUUCCCCCCAAGCUGAUUGCCACUGUCAAGAGCUACGCCGACAAGGCUACCGGUGGUGCUGCCGAGAAGCCCGCUGAGGAGAACGCCCUCAAGACCGAUGAGAACUUCUAA